UCCUGCAGCUUCCAUUUGGACACCUCCAAAGUCUGCCCUGGGACUCUGAGACCUCAGCUGGAUGCUUUUCUGCUCCCUCCUGCCUUAUCUCAACAUCUCAAGACAUCUUUGUCAAAAUCAUUUGAGCUCUGCUGUAUGACAGAUGCAGGGGCUUUAAUCCAGGAUGAACGAAUGCUACUAUGAUAAGCGCAUGGACUUUUUCUAUAACAAGACAAACACUGACACCGUAGAUGAGUGGACAGGGCCACAGCUUAUUGUUGUUCUGUGUUUUGGGACAUUUUUCUGCCUCUUCAUUUUCAUUUCAAAUUCAUUGGUCAUAGCAGCUGUGGUCAAGAACAAGAGGUUUCAUUUUCCCUUUUACUAUCUCCUGGCCAACUUAGCUGCUGCAGACUUUUUUGCUGGAAUAGCCUACGUCUUCUUGAUGUUCAACACUGGCCCAGUGUCUAAGACAUUAACUGUUAACCGCUGGUUUUUGCGUCAGGGUCUUCUGGACACCAGCCUGACAGCUUCCCUGGUGAAUCUCCUCGUCAUAGCUGUUGAGCGGCAUAUGUCGAUAAUGCGGAUGAAGAUCCACAGUAAUCUCACGAAGAAGCGAGUCACUUUUUUAAUUAUAUCCAUUUGGGCCAUUGCUAUUUUCAUGGGUGCAGUUCCUACCCUGGGUUGGAACUGCCUCUGUGACAUUAGUGCCUGCUCAUCCCUGGCACCUAUUUACAGCAGAAGUUACCUGGUGUUCUGGAGUGUCUUAAACCUAGUUGUCUUCUUCAUUAUGGUGGUGGUUUACAUAAGAAUCUACAUGUAUGUUCAGAGGAAAACUAAUGUCUUGUCGUCACACACUAGUGGAUCCAUUAGCCGCAGGAGAACCCCUGUGAAGCUUAUGAAGACUGUCAUGACUCUCUUAGGUGCCUUUGUUGUCUGCUGGACCCCUGGCCUGGUUGUCUUACUGCUUGAUGGUCUGAACUGCACCUACUGUGGGAUUCAGAACGUUAAAAGGUGGUUUCUUCUCCUGGCCCUGAUGAACUCUGUCAUGAAUCCAAUAAUUUAUUCAUACAAAGAUGAUGAGAUGUGGGGUACCAUGAAAAGGAUGAUUUGCUGCUCCUCUGAGGAUAAGACCCAGGACAGGCGCUCAUCGCGCAUCCCCUCGACAGUUCUCUGCAGGAGCACAGAUAACUCAGGGCACUACAUUGAAGAUGGCAUUAUUCAGGGGACAAUUUGUGGAAAAGGAGAUCUUGGUGACAAAGGAAACUCCUGAGCUAUUCAAGGGACUGACUUGGCUGGAAAAGGAGAGGGGGAAGGGAGAGGUUUUGUAAGAGAAGAUUGACUGGCAAAGCUAGUAAACAAUAUAUCCACUUUGUUCCAGAGUCUAAACUCCAGUGUUAACAAAAGUUCUUAUAAAUAAUUGCCUGAUGGAAAAACGCUUUGUAAUGAAGAAAACUUUCUGUGCUGCCGUCUUUUUCUCUUUUUUUUUUUUCUUUUAAGUACAUGAAAUUGUUUUUUUGUAUGAAUGGAAUAAAUACAUCUCAGAGACU